CCAUGCCAAUACCUACAAUUAUAUCUUGUGUAUCGACAGGUUUACUGUGGGAUUUGAAGUUAAAAAUAUGCUCCCUCUAACACUUUUGCGUUCGGCUACAAACCACCCCAUGAGUGUAGAACUUAAAAACGGUGAAACAUAUAAUGGGCAUUUAAUGGGUUGUGAUAACUAUAUGAACAUUAGCCUUCGACAAGUUAUUAUUACCUCAAAGGAUGGUGACCGAUUUUGGAACGUCCCUGAUUGUUAUAUAAGGGGGAAUGUUAUAAAAUAUUUAAGAAUGCCUGAUGAGGUUCUGGAUAAGGCUAUCCAAGAGGAGGCACACUUUAGGGCGAGGAACAUAGCUGAAAAAGGGAAAGUGAAAUCGAUUAUUGACAAAGGAAAAGGGAAUUUUAGAAAAGGAAAAGACCUUGGAUAAUUAUGUCAUGAAUAUCUGCAUACUUUGAAAAGGUCUUUUUAAUUCAGAUUGCAG